CCCAGGAUGUAGAGUUGGCGGUGCCUGACGGCGCGUCUGACGCGGAGCUGGGUGGGGUAGAGAGUAGGGGGCGGUAGUCAGGGGUGGUGGGAGAAGGAGGAGGCGGCGGCGGUGAAUCUUUUAUAAAUGGCGCCGAAGCAGGACCCGAAGCCUAAAUUCCAGGAGGGUGAGAGAGUGCUGUGCUUUCAUGGGCCUCUUCUGUAUGAAGCAAAGUGUGUAAAAGUUGCCAUAAAGGAUAAACAGGUCAAAUACUUCAUCCAUUACAGUGGUUGGAAUAAAAAAAGUGCUGUGAGGCCCAGGCGCUCUGAAAAAACUUUGAAGACACAUGAGGAUAUUGUAGCCCUUUUUCCUGUUCCUGAAGGAGCUCCCUCAGUACACCACCCCUUCCUGACCUCUAGUUGGGAUGAAUGGGUUCCAGAAAGCAGAGUACUCAAGUACGUGGAUACCAAUUUACAAAAACAGAGAGAACUUCAAAAAGCCAAUCAGGAGCAGUAUGCAGAGGGGAAGAUGCGAGGGGCUGCCCCUGGAAAGAAGACUGCUGGGCUACAACAAAAAAAUAUUGAAGUGAAGACAAAAAAAAACAAACAAAAGACACCUGGAAAUGGAGAUGGUGGCAGCACUAGUGAAACACCUCAGCCUCCUCGCAAAAAAAGGGCUCGAGUAGAUCCUACUGUUGAAAAUGAGGAAACAUUUAUGAGCAGAGUUGAAGUUAAAGUCAAGAUUCCUGAAGAACUGAAGCCAUGGCUUGUUGAUGACUGGGACUUAAUUACCCGGCAAAAGCAGCUCUUCUAUCUUCCCGCCAAGAAGAACGUGGAUUCCAUCCUAGAGGAUUAUGCAAAUUACAAGAAAUCGCGAGGAAACACAGAUAAUAAGGAGUAUGCAGUCAAUGAGGUUGUGGCCGGGAUAAAGGAAUACUUCAAUGUGAUGUUGGGCACUCAACUGCUCUACAAAUUUGAGAGGCCGCAGUACGCUGAGAUCCUUGCGGACCACCCUGAUGCACCCAUGUCCCAGGUGUACGGGGCGCCACAUCUCCUGAGACUGUUUGUACGAAUUGGAGCAAUGUUGGCCUAUACACCUCUGGAUGAGAAGAGCCUUGCUUUAUUACUGAAUUAUCUUCACGAUUUCCUAAAAUACCUGGCAAAGAACUCUGCAACUUUGUUUAGUGCCAGUGAUUAUGAAGUGGCUCCCCCCGAGUACCAUCGGAAAGCCGUGUGAGGCGCGUGCACCCACUCAUGUUUGAUCUCUGUAAACACCUUUUUGUUUCUUAGUCCUUCUCUUGUACAAACAAUGUACUUUGGAAAUGUUCGUGUAUAACAAAAUUGAUGUUUGUUUUCUGUUUGAUUUUAAACAGAGAAAAUAAAAGGAGUUACAGCUC